AUGAGCCGGAGAAAAGAAAUUAGCUUCAACAAAAAGGAUUCUCGCACGAUGCUGCAGGUGCUAGAGGAUCAAAAAAUAAUGGAAGCGAUGAAAAAAUCGCGCACGGUCGGGCCAGAAGUUACGACAAGCUUCCCAGCAGCCUACUACCUCGCCGCCGACGACGCAGACGAGGUUCAGGGCAAUGAGUCCCCGGCGAGUCACGCCGUCGCUAGCGCUGGUGGCGGUGUUGGGGGUGGUGGGGGUGGCGGCGGUGGACUCGGCGGUACCCUCAGCCUGUCCCAGGAGGAUAUUGUUGGCGUGCUGCCGAACGAGAUAUCCGCCCCGUACGAGGUCCCGCAAUUCCCGAUCGAGCAGAUCGAAAAGAAGCUGCAGCUGCAGCGUCAACUGAACGCCAAGGUGAUGGAGCAGGAUCGGCACUCGAUAGCUCCGGAAGUGCACCCGGACGAGCAGCUGCCGUUCGACGAGCACGACUUCGUGGCGCACUUCCAGCGCGUCUCCAUUUCCGGCGAGGACACGAGCGGCGUGCCGCUGGAUGACCUCGAGCGCGCCUCGACGCUGCUGGUGAAGGCGCUCGAGCUGCGCGAGAAGUACAUGCGGAACUCGCACCAGGUCUUCCCACAGACGACCGCCCGCUUCCUGAAGUCCACCCACUCCAGCACGAUCACGCACCAGGAGCGCAAAUCGAUUGCCGAUCAUCCAGUCAACCCGCCGCAGAGCACGCAGUCGCCGUGGGUUAUCGAGAUACCGGAGGACCUGAACUACAGCGUGCGGGCGGUGCACGGCGUGUUCGAGGUGUUCCGGAGCGAGGAGACGGAGGAACCGCUGCCGUACCACUACCCGCGCCUGCCGGACUUUGUGCAGGACAUGCAGAUGAUGUGCUCGAUGAUUGCGGACGGGCCGCUCAAGUCGUUCUGCUAUCGCCGGCUGAGCUAUCUGUACUCCAAGUUCCAGCUGCACGUGCUGCUGAACGAGCUGCGCGAGCUGGCGUCGCAGAAGGCGGUGCCGCACCGGGACUUCUACAACAUCCGCAAGGUGGACACGCACAUCCACGCGGCGAGCUGCAUGAACCAGAAGCAUUUGCUGCGCUUCAUCAAGAAGACGCUGAAGAACAGCGCGGACGAGGUGGUGACGGUGACCAAGGGCAACCCGAUGACGCUCGCGCAGGUGUUCCAGUCGAUGAACCUGACCACGUACGACCUGACGGUCGACAUGCUGGACGUGCACGCCGACCGGAACACGUUCCACCGCUUCGACAAGUUCAACGCGAAGUACAAUCCGAUCGGCGAGUCGCGGCUGCGCGAGGUCUUCCUCAAGACGGACAACUACCUGAACGGCAAGUACUUCGCCAACAUCAUCAAGGAGGUGGCGAGCGACUUCGAGGAGAGCAAGUACCAGAACGCCGAGCUGCGCCUCUCGAUCUACGGCAAGUCGCCGGACGAGUGGUACAAGCUGGCCAAGUGGGCCAUCGACGGCAACGUCUACUCCGACAACAUCCGCUGGCUGAUACAGAUACCGCGGCUCUAUGACAUCUUCAAGACGAACAAGCUGAUGAGCUCGUUCCAGCAGAUCCUGGACAACGUGUUCAAGCCACUGUUCGACGCGACCAACAACCCGAGCCAGCACCCGGAGGUGCACACCUUCCUGCAGUACGUGAUCGGCUUCGACUCGGUCGACGACGAGUCGAAGCCGGAGAACCCGCUGUUCGACGGCGACGUCACGCCGCCGGCCCAGUGGACGGACGAGGAGAACCCGCCGUACGCGUACUACAUCUACUACAUGUACGCCAACAUGACCGUGCUGAACCACUUCCGGGCGGCGCGCGGCAUGAACACGUUCGUGCUGAGGCCGCAUUGCGGUGAGGCCGGCCCUGUGCAGCAUCUCGUCUGCGGCUACCUGAUGGCGGAGAACAUCUCCCACGGGCUGCUGCUGCGCAAGGUGCCGGUGCUGCAGUACCUCUACUAUCUGGCGCAGAUCGGCAUCGCCAUGUCACCGCUGUCAAACAACUCGCUGUUUCUCAACUACGACCGCAACCCGUUCCCGGAGUAUCUCGCCCGCGGUCUGGUCGUCUCGCUCUCGACCGACGAUCCGCUGCAGUUCCACUACACAAAGGAACCACUGAUGGAGGAGUACAGCAUUGCGGCGCAGGUGUGGAAGCUCAGCUCGUGCGACAUGUGUGAGCUGGCGCGCAACAGCGUGCUGAUGUCCGGCUUUCCGCACAAGAUGAAGCAGCACUGGCUCGGGCCGAACUACACGCGCGAGGGUGUCGCCGGCAACGAUAUCACGCGCACCAACGUGCCGGACAUCCGCGUUGCCUUCCGGUACGAGUCGCUGCUGGACGAGCUGGCGAACAUCUUCAAGGUGAACAACGAGCAGAAGAUGCAGUACGCCUCGCAGCAGUAGCCUGCCCACUCCCCCUCCCUUUUCGCCUUACACGAAUUCAGGCUAGAGUAUCCACAACAACCCUCUACUGGCCCACAUUGUUUGCAUGGUUGGCUGCCGUUUUCAGUGUUGCACCGGGUCCAAAGCCUUCCCGCAGAUUGCCCUCCCCAACCCCCCCAGAGAAGUAGAAGUUUCGCUGCCGAGCGUCACAACAGGGCACACCCGGGGACGCCGGGUUUAGGCGACG